AGACGCAAAACCUAAAACUACAUUCAUACUUGCCGCAUCUCUCUAGAAAAAAACCCAUGCCCUUCUUUUGUUCCCAUGUGAUAAGGUCCACCUAAACCACCCACAUUUAACUAUAUAGCCUACGUGGCGCUCGUCCAUUCGUCGACUUAUCAAUGGCACGAGAAGCAGAGGAUCACUGCCCCCCCCCACCCCAAAUCAAUAAUUAGACAAAUAUAACUUUGAUCCACUCUGUUUCAAGCUGUCACCAAAAUGUCGUCUUCUUCUUCUUCUUCUUCCUCCUCUGCUUAAACCUCAUUAGUUUAAUCCUAACGAACAAACAGAUCAGAGAAUCGAACGAGUGGUCCAACGCUAUGAUUCGUAUCCUCCAAAUCUCGAUCCUCUGUUUCUUCCUCGUCGCCGGGAUCUCGAUCUCCUCCUCGGAAGAGGAGGAGGAGACUAUCUACAAGAUCCUCCAGGACAACGGACUCCCGUCGGGGAUAUUCCCUAAAGGCGUGACGGAAUUCACCUUCGACGGCGAGACGGGACGGUUCUCCGUUUACUUGAACCAGUCGUGCGACGCCAAGUACGAGACGGAGCUUCGCUACGACACGAAUAUCACGGGAACGCUGAGCUCUGCUAACGUAACUGAUUUGUCGGGAAUAUCGGCUCAGGAUCUGUUCCUGUGGUUUCCGGUUAAAGGGAUCCGUGUCGAUGUCCCGAGCUCGGGGCUUAUAUACUUCGACGUUGGUGUCGUUCGCAAGCAGUACUCUUUGUCUGUGUUCGAGACGCCGAGAGAUUGCGUCGCGGUUCGUCGUGAAAAUGAGGUUGAAUCUUCUGUGUUGUCAUUGCAUCGAGUAGAUGAAACUCUUGGGAGAAACGAUAUUUAGCCGUGGAGAGUUUUAUUUAAGAAAUGUUGUUAUACUAUACACCACCACAAAGAUAGACAGAUUGUCCUCUCAUCAAAAUUCUUGUACUGUUCUUUUUGGUCUCAAAUCUUAAAAAGCUUGAUUCAAAGUCAAAUUCUUUUGACU